GAGGAGUAAACACACUCCAGAUGGGAUCUUUGCACUAAUAAAAUCUCCACCCCUCAAACCUACAAUCCAGGGGAGUCAUGAGGGAUAAACUCCACUGACCUUUGCAGGAAAAUACAAGAAGCUCAAGUCACUGUGAAAUCAUGAGCGCUCCAGCAACAGGAAGCCCAAAUAUGGAGGUGGAGGUGGUCUCACAGGAGAUGGCGUUGCUCAGUAACAUACUGGCAGCUUACACCUUCAUUGCAGAUCAACCUGAGAGGACAGCACUGGUGUUUCUGGGUGGUGUGUGUGUUGGCCUUCUAGUCACACUCUGCGCCAUCGUCUUCCAGAUACACUGUCGAGCAGACUGCAACUAUGGAAACAGUAACAACCUUCGCCAUCGCCAAAGGAACAGGCAUCAUCACCGGACUGGGCCUGCAGGGGACAGCGAGUCAGAGGACUGGGAUGACACGUCCGACCUGUCGGCACGACGACGCAGGCGCUUUGAGAGAGCUCUGCUGCACGCCACCAUGUUCACAUCAGCUGAGGAGCUGGACCGUGCCCAGCGGCUAGAAGAGCGGGAAAGGAUUCUGCGAGAGAUCUGGAUGAAUGGACAACCAGACAUCAGUACAGUCACUCAAAGCCUCAACAGAUAUUACUGA